GAAUUUGUCAAAAUGGAAUGACCAAAGCUGCUUGUGCUGGCCAACAGGUCGUUGAAUAUGCUGCAGCAGCCAACAGCAACAGCAACGGCAACAACAGCAGCAGCAGCAGGUGCAACUGUUGCUAGCGGCAGCAAUGGACAGCGACGUCGCGUGGCAGCCACAGAUAGCGGCAAUAAUAGCAACAACAACAACACUAAUAAACUGAGAUCACAAUCAAUGCAUUCCAACGAAGAGCCGCCCAUGUCGGUGAUUGUCGACAGCGGCAAAAGCGCGCAGCAACAGCAACAGCAACAGAAGCUGCGACGCAGCAACAGCAGCAGUCAGCAGCAGCGACAGCGCAAGACAAGCAGCUGCAGCGCCAAUGUUAGCGCCAAGGCCACGCCCACAAGCACCAGACGCGCCCAGCGACAACAUUCAAAUGCCAGCGAUGCAGCCAAGCAGCAGCAGCAGCAGCAGCAGCAACAGUCGCGCCGCUAUCAGCAAACGCAAUCGCAAACGCGCAGCAAGGAGCGUCAAGCGCCGCAGGAUUCGCAGCAGCUGCCACGUCGUCGUGCCGCAAGGCGGCGUCAUGGUGGCCAUGCAGCCAGCGGCUCCUCCAGCGACUCCAGCUGCAAUGGCAGCUGCAGCUCGGACGACGAAGACGACGACGAUGAUGGCGAUUCGACGCACAGCUCAUCCGGCUCCAGUUCAUCGGGCACAUCCUCGAGCUCAUCGUCGGGUGAACCGAAUCUACCGUAUCCGGGCUUUCCGGAAAUUUCCAUGAAGGCAUUGACGCAAUAUACGCGACCGCGCAACUGGUGCCUCAUGCUCAUCACCAAUCCGUGGUUCGAGCGCAUUUCCAUUUUGGUCAUAUUACUCAACUGCAUAACCCUGGGCAUGUAUCAGCCCUGUGUCGAUGAUACUUGCCUCAAGCCACGCUGCCGCAUAUUACAGAUCUUCGAUGACAUCAUCUUUGCCUUUUUUGCACUGGAAAUGACCAUUAAAAUGGUUGCCAUGGGCAUGUGUGGCAAGAAUACAUAUCUAGCCGAUUCGUGGAAUCGUUUGGACUUCUUCAUCGUACUCGCCGGACUGCUCGAGUAUGUGAUGCACGUGGAGAAUUUGAAUCUAACAGCGAUACGCACAAUACGCGUGCUGCGACCGCUGCGCGCCAUAAAUCGGAUACCAAGCAUGCGUAUAUUGGUAAUGCUGCUGUUGGAUACGCUGCCCAUGCUGGGCAAUGUGCUGCUGCUUUGCUUCUUUGUGUUCUUCAUCUUUGGCAUUAUAGGCGUGCAACUGUGGGAGGGAAUAUUGCGACAGCGUUGCACAUUGGAUCGACCCGAUGGCAUGAUUUAUCCCAUAACCCUAUCACAAUACUAUGAAUUCAGCAAGGAUCAGGAUUAUAUAUGCUCCACACCCGAAGACUCUGGCAUGCAUUUAUGUGGAAAUUUUCCACCAUAUCGCAUUGGUUCCUUGGUCUGCAGCGAGCAAGCCAAGCUGCUGGACCUCAAUGAGCCCACAAAUACAUCCUGCGUCAAUUGGAAUCAAUAUUAUACAACCUGCAAGCAAAGCGGCGAGAAUCCUUUUCAAGGCACCAUCUCCUUUGAUAACAUUGGCAUGGCCUGGGUGGCCAUAUUUCUGGUCAUCUCGCUGGAGGGCUGGACGGACAUUAUGUAUUACGUGCAGGAUGCGCACAGUUUCUGGGAUUGGAUCUACUUUGUGCUCCUAAUUGUGAUUGGCUCGUUCUUCAUGAUCAAUCUGUGUCUAGUCGUCAUUGCCACACAAUUCUCGGAGACAAAGAAACGCGAAAUGGAGCGCAUGCGGCAAGAGCGAGCUCGUUAUACUUCAACUUCAACAUUGGCGAGCAGCACUAACAAUUCGGAGCCUGCCACAUGCUACGCAGAGAUUGUUAAAUAUAUUGCACAUCUCUGGCGACGCUUCAAAAGACGAAUGUUAAAGAAGUACAGAUUAUAUAAGUAUCAACGUCAGCAGCGUCGCGAAGGUCUCUUGCCCAACGCCGAUAAUAAUCUUACAUUCUCGCCGUCGCGCAUCAAGUGCCACCAUCCGAAUUGUCCCAAGUACAGCAAUCGCAAGCCGUCCAGCAUUCAGGAUCAGAUGAUUACGGUGAUGGUGCCGCUCAACUCCAACAAUAACAACAACAAUAAUAAUAACAACAGCAGCAGCAAUAACAAUAGCAGCAGCCACAAUGGCAGCGGCGGUGGUGGUGGUGCUGCUGCUGCUGGUGGUGGUGGUGGUGCCCACAAUCAAACCACUGUGGCUUUGGUGAAUGGUAUUAAUGGCAGCGCCGCCAGCGUUACUAUGGCUAAUGCUCAGCAUCAGCAUCAGUUGCAGCUGCAACUGCAACAUUCGCCCAUUGUGGGCAUGGGAGUGGCAGCUGCCGUCAGCGGUCAGCUGCUGUCGUCCUCGGACAAUACGGAGCAGUCGGCAAUUGGGGAAUGCAGCAAUGGAAUACCACGACGCACCUCGUCGUUUAAGAAGCCUGCCGCACUGCAUAACCACAGCAUGCAGCUGAAGCCGCCAGAGGGCGCAGCAGGUGAACAGAAGACAAUUUUGCUCAAGUUGCCGCAGCAGGUGAUUGACUCGGAGCAAUUGAUUCUGCAGUUGGGAAACUUAGGCAAGAGCCAUCCAUGCACAUCGGGCUUCCUUAGUCCACCCACAUCGGCCAGCCGGCGGCCUUCAGUCAUGUUCAAUGAAUAUGUUCUGCUGCAUACGCCGCCAGCGUUAAGCGCAGAGCCGCCCACAAGCAGCAGCAGCGCUAACGCAGCAGCAGCAGCAGCAGCAGCUGUAACAACAACAGCAGCAGCAGCGGCAGCAACAUCUACUGCUGCAGCAGCAGCAACUGUUGCUGCUGGCAAUGGCGGCGGCGGCAGCAGCAGCAACAGCCUGGAAAAGCAAAACGUACAUUCAACUGAAAAGAUGACACAAGCGGGCGAUGGCAGCAUUUGGCAGGUGAAUCUACCGCAGACAAUUGGCAGCAUUGCCAAUCCAUAUGCAGAUUGCUCCGAGCUGGGUAUACACGACGCGAUGACUUGUCAAGAGCUUUUAGCAUUUUCUGUGGCCUUUUCAGCGGCCUUGCCGACGGGUCAGAGUACGCUUGAAUCGUUUUAUACAUCGCUCGCUCGCUGCGAUCCGCACACGAUGGAGGCAUUGAAGGCGCAACAUAAGCGUGCCCCAACAGCGGCCACAGCAGCAGCAGUUGGCGCCGCAGCCGAUGUCGUUGCGGUUGAGGCAGCGGCACCAGCUAAAAAUCUGGAAUUAACUGCUGUCUCUGCAGCUGUGCCCAUGCCCACGCCUACGGCUACGCCCUCGCAUCGACGCAAGCAUCAGCAUCAGCAUCACAACAACAACAACAACACUAAGCACAAUCAUCACAGUGGCGGGCAGAGCUCACGCUCGGCACAGCGACAACAGGCGGCGCGUCAAUUUGUGCCCACUGGCAAUUAUAUGGAGGACUAUGCCUGCUGCUAUGAUCUUUAUCAGAAUGCUCUGUCGCCGCUUGAUGAGCGACGGCAUCAGCGUCCACGCGGUCCAGCAUUGCGCUGUUUAAUUGCCGUCUAUCGUUGCAUCAUGCGGGUUUGCUCCUGGAUUCGUCGCUAUAUCAAGCGUUUGGUCGAGCACAAGUAUUUCCAACAGGGCAUCUUGCUAGCAAUUCUAAUCAACACUCUGUCCAUGGGCAUUGAGUAUCACGAUCAGCCCGAAGAGCUUACCGCUAUCGUGGAGACCAGCAACAUUGUCUUCUCGGGCAUCUUUGCUGUCGAAAUGCUGCUCAAAGUGGUGGCCGAGGGACCUUUCCGCUAUAUCGCCAAUGGCUUCAAUGUCUUCGACGGCAUCAUUGUUAUACUCAGUGCCAUUGAGAUAUGUCAACAAUUUCUGGGCAAUGGCACCGGAGGCGGUGGCUCUGGCCUAUCCGUGCUGCGUACAUUCCGCUUGUUGCGCAUUCUCAAACUCGUGCGCUUUAUGCCAAAUUUACGGCGACAAUUGUUUGUCAUGUUGCGUACCAUGGAUAAUGUUGCUGUCUUUUUCUCAUUGCUUGUGCUCUUCAUAUUCAUAUUCAGCAUACUCGGCAUGUAUCUGUUUGGCGGUAAGUUUUGUAAAUUUUUGGACGAAUCCGGACUCGAACGCGAGUGCACGUGUCCCGAAAUUAUCAGCCGACAUCCGCAAUGUGAAUGCGAUCGUAAACACUUCAACAACAUUUUAUGGGCCACGGUCACAGUUUUUCAAAUACUGACACAAGAGGAUUGGAACGUCGUACUAUUCAAUGGCAUGGAAAAGACAAGUCAUUGGGCCGCACUGUACUUUGUGGCGCUAAUGACGUUCGGCAAUUAUGUGCUCUUUAAUUUAUUGGUCGCCAUUUUGGUUGAGGGAUUCAGUUCAGAGCGAAAUGAACGUCGCGAGCGCGAACAACGCGAAUUGGUUAAGAAACUGCGCGAAGAGACAUUGGCUGAAAAUUAUAGCGAUGGUAUGUACGAUGAAUCACGCAGCGAAGCGGAUUCGUCCACCACUAACGAUAGUUACUACGAGGUACGAAAUCGUUGGCGCAGCGCCGAGGAUGUGCGCAAGCUACAGGACUCGGCCGAACUGAUAAUCGAAGCCAAGAGCAAUAUGCAUCGCCAGCGUUUGCUCCAACCCAUGCAGGAUUAUCAAAUCAAUGAGCUGCCACAGCAGCAGGCCGGCAGUAGUGGUGGCGCCUCCUCAAAUGAUAAGGAGGCGAGCGGCAAGCUCUUGUCACACGAUGACCAAGCCAAGCCACGUGGCGGUCUUAAAAAGACAUACUCGAUUAAGGACAGACGCAGCGAUGCGCCACGCCUAUCAAAAAUGCGUUUGGUGCGCGAUCCACCGAUGAUAACAACGACAGCGGCGACGCCCCAAGAUUCGCCCAGCACCACCCUGGAGCCAGGCAUGAGCUUCCGUCAGUGGGGCGACACACUUGAGCCGCCCAGCUCGCCAUCGCCGUCGCUGUUGAAACCGCCGAAUAUAUUUAGCGGUGGUCAACGCGUGCUCGACGAAGGCAUACCCAGCAUAGAUCUCAUACCGCCAUCGCCGGUGCUGGCGCAUAAGCCGCUGAAUAUAUUGAAUGCCAGUCAGUUGCAAGGACAUACGCCUAGCCAUAGCCUAAGCGCUGGCAGCGCUGGCAGCAGCAGCAGCGGCAUCAUUGUCGGCGAUGUCGCUGGUGGCAGCAGCAGCUUGAGCAGCGUCAUUAUCGAUGAUAUAAGCAAAAACUCUGGCACAGCAGCGGCAGCAACACCAACGCCCAUUUAUGUGCCAACAAUGCUGCAGCCGCCAGCGGAUUUGAAUCUGAGUGAGUUGAGUUUAGCAGGUGGCGCCUCCACAAGCGGCAGCAGCAGCAGCGAACGCCUAACGCCGCUAACACCAACAACAAUUGCAACAUCGCCGCCACCACUAACUAACGCCAGUGGCUUUAAGCAACGCUUUAGACGCAGCAGCAGCAAAAAACGCACACGCGCCCAACAGCACGAACAGGAGGAGCUAAACAAUGGCAAGGACACAAAUCGCUUGAGUCCACAGAAUUCGAUACGCCGCUUAAGCAAUACGCUGAGCAUUGGCAGCGUUGGCGGCGUCGGCGGCGGCGUUGGCAGUCGACGCGCCUCUGCCUGCAUUUUCAACUCGCAGGUCUAUCAGAAUCUCAAUCAAGCGCCCAAAUUGAAAGCGGGCGCUGGUCAACGUCGCAUGAGCUCCAUUGAGUUGGCUUUUAGCAAAACUUCGCAUUUGAAUUUGCACAAUUUGGAGGCGAAUCGCAAAAGUUUAUCGUACACCAAUUCGAAAAUCGAUUUGGAUAAAUGGCAAAAGGGAUCGGAGCCGGAUAUGUUGCAGCAGUAUAUGGAGGCGCGUGAUAAGCGCAAGAAUUCGAUAUCGCAUUACAACUUGAAGAAGCGUCUGGAGGAGAAGGAAUUGCAACAGUUGCAGUUGUUGCAUCAACAGCAGCAGCAGCUCGAGGCAGCUGCGUCGCAGUCACAUUUGCCGCCGCAGCAGUUGACCAAAGAGUUACAUCAGCUGCAGCAGCAACAGCUGCAACAAGAGCAACAACAGCAGCUGCAACAACAACAACAACAACCACAUUCCAUGUUGCAAACUAGCGGCGGCGGCGACAACAUGUCAAAGUUGAAGAUGCUUAUCACUCGCCUAACGCCCAAACAUUUUACAGAUGAACGCGAGUCCUAUUCCAUGUAUAUAUUUCCGGAGGAUAAUAGAUUCCGGCAAAUCUGCACGUGGUUUGUGAACCAGAAAUGGUUCGACAAUGUUGUCUUGCUCUUCAUUGCACUCAAUUGCAUUACACUGGCCAUGGAAAGACCAAAUAUCCCUCCAAGCAGCACCGAAAGAUUGUUCCUGUCAACAGCCAAUUACGUGUUCACCGUCGUCUUCACUGUCGAAAUGUUCAUUAAGGUAGUUGCCACGGGCAUGUUUUAUGGCCCGGAUGCAUAUUUCACAUCCGGCUGGAAUAUAAUGGAUGGAUCUUUGGUUACAAUAUCGAUAAUUGAUUUGUUAAUGUCAUUGAUUAGCGAAUCAAGCCCUAAGAUAUUUGGGAUUUUAAGGGUGUUUCGUCUACUUCGUUCCCUGCGGCCGCUGCGUGUGAUCAACCGCGCCCCGGGUCUGAAACUAGUCGUGCAAACGCUCUUAUCAUCCCUACGCCCCAUUGGCAAUAUUGUGUUAAUCUGUUGCACCUUCUUCAUCAUCUUUGGCAUACUGGGCGUACAGCUAUUCAAGGGCACCUUCUUCUACUGCGAGGGAGAGCACAUCAAGAAUGUUCGCAAUCGACGCGAAUGCGAAAGUAUUCCGGGCAACGUUUGGACGAAUCGCAAAUAUAAUUUCGAUGAUUUGGGCAAGGCGCUAAUGUCGCUUUUCGUUCUAAGUUCCCGCGAUGGUUGGGUGAACAUCAUGUAUACGGGAUUGGAUGCUGUCGGCGUGGAUCAGCAGCCGAUUGUCAACUAUAAUGAAUGGAGAUUACUGUACUUUAUAGCAUUCAUUUUGCUCGUGGGCUUCUUUGUGUUGAACAUGUUUGUGGGCGUUGUGGUUGAAAAUUUUCAUCGCUGUCGCGAGGAGCAAGAAAAGGAAGAGAAGAUACGACGUGCAGCAAAGCGUGCACUACAAAUGGAAAAGAAACGUCGACGCAUGCAUGAACCACCCUACUAUACAAACUAUUCGCCAACGCGCAUGUUUGUUCACAAUGUCGUAACGUCCAAAUACUUUGACCUGGCUAUUGCAGCAGUCAUCGGACUAAAUGUCGUGACAAUGGCUAUGGAAUAUUAUAAGAUGCCGAACCCGUUGAAGUAUGCUCUCAAGAUAUUCAAUUACUUCUUUACGGCUGUGUUUAUACUGGAGGCGAAUAUGAAGCUCGUUGCUUUGGGCUGGCAUUUGUAUUUGAAAGAUCGCUGGAAUCAACUGGACGUGGGCAUUGUUCUCCUCUCCAUAGUGGGCAUUGUGCUGGAGGAGCUCGAAACGAACAUAAUUCCGAUAAAUCCAACCAUAAUACGCGUAAUGCGAGUGCUCCGCAUUGCACGCGUCCUGAAGCUGCUCAAGAUGGCCAAGGGCAUACGCGCAUUGCUGGAUACAGUGAUGCAGGCGCUGCCGCAGGUGGGCAACCUCGGUUUGCUAUUCUUUUUGCUCUUCUUCAUAUUUGCGGCAUUGGGCGUGGAGCUGUUUGGUCGCUUAGAGUGCUCAGAUGAGAUACCCUGUCAGGGUCUGGGCGAGCAUGCGCACUUUGCCAACUUUGGCAUGGCUUUCCUCACAUUGUUUCGCGUAGCGACUGGCGAUAAUUGGAACGGCAUCAUGAAGGACACGCUGAGAGAUAAUUGCGAUGACGCCGCAGAUUGUGUACGCAACUGUUGCGUUAGCUCGAUUAUAGCUCCCAUAUUCUUUGUGAUAUUCGUUCUAAUGGCGCAAUUCGUUUUAGUGAAUGUCGUCGUGGCUGUAUUGAUGAAACAUCUCGAGGAGAGCCACAAGCAAAUGGAAGAUGAAUUAGAUAUGGAGGUGGAAUUGGAGCGCGAAUUAGUGCGCGAACAGGAGUUUGCGCAAGAGCAGAAACUAUGCCAACAGCUGGCGGAGCAAGCGCAAAGUGUUGAAGCACCAACCACAUCAACAACAGCAGCAGCAACAUCCACAGCAGCAGCUGCAACCUCCUCGACUGCUGGUGGAUCAGCAGCUGGCUCAAGUAAUACGCCACGCCCAUUAGCCAAAGUCAAAUCGUUGCCAAAGAAUUUCAUAUACAGCACACCCGCUCUCGAUAAAAAGAGUUUAUCGCUGACGCUCUGCUCCAGCUUCAAUACCCAACGACGUCAAACUUUGCAAUAUCUACAGCAGCAGCAGCAGCAUCAAGGAAUACAAGGACUUAAUCUGGCGGAGCUGGGCACAGUUAAUGCCGCAGCAGCGCUGCAGCGACGCACGCGUCGCGCUUCAGCAGCAGGCAGCGGCUUUCGGCGUCGCGGCAUUCUGGCCAAGGAACGCUCGCUGGAUGAGCAGGCCAUACGUCGACGCAAUCUGGAGACCAAGCGCACUAGCUGCGACUCUUUGGCUCUCGACUACAGACGCGGCACCAUUUUUGAAAGCAUGGAAUCGGAUGCACCCAGCAGCAAUAGCUAUGAUCUGGAUGUGCGCAGCAUACGCAGCGCCGAGCUGCCACCAACAGCUCCUCCCUUGGCUGUGGUCAGCGCUUUGGUUACGCCCACACCCAGCACAGUCAGCUCGGUGUCGGCGCCACCGCCGACGCGUCGUCCCUUUGGCUGGUCACAGUCCGUCGAUCAGGGUUGCAUGCGCAGCAGUUUGCUGUUGUCGGUGCCGCGUUCAAUGCCGCCGCGCAGUCGCAGCGGCAGCACCAAACAGCUUUUCAAGCAACAAGCGCUGGAUGAGGAUGCUGAUAUGGAUGAAUCUUCGCUGCUGCUUCCAAGUGUUUCCUCUGCUGCUGCUACGCCACCGCUGCCGCCGCCCGCUGCUGCUGCUGCCGCCGUAGUGCCAACUGAUGGUCCCGCCAGCAUUGUAGCCAAAUCUGAUUCGGCGGACAUCUUGCGCAUCAUUAGCGAACGUCGUCGCAUGGAUCAACGUGAUCAAUGCGGCAAUGAGGACAGCGAUUACAAUGAGCUCCUCCUUGUCAAAUCACCGCAGUCAUCAACGGAAUAAGCUAAGCUCUACUUCCCCUCUACUAACUGUUACUAAAAAAAAAAGCUCUCUUCUCGCUUCCCUUUUUUUUUCUCGAGCUUUUUUGUUCAGUGAUGUGAAACUAUCUUGCGCUGUAACCGCUUACAACACGCUAUUUAUCGUUAUCGUUAACUAGCGUGGUUCCAGAGCUCGUUAGUAUCCCAGCUCUGCGCUUGCUACUACCAAAUCCUAACCUCAACCCCACUAAGCAUCCUUUUCGCUACCCCCCACACACUGAUACACAAAAAUUAAAUUGUAAUCAAGAGCUGGCAAAAAUUCAUCGAUAAGUUUUUAAGCUAAUUUUUACUGAUAAAUUACAAAUUACAAUUAAUAU